AUGUUCCUGGACCUUCUCAUCGUGACUCAGCGCGAGACGUUCCCGUCGUCACUCGGCACUCGCACCCGCUCUCCAUAUCCGGUAGAUGUAUCAUUAUUCUUGAUUCCGCUAAUCUUCACGGCGAGUAGAAUCGGAGGAGUUGCUUAUAAUCCAGCGAAUGACAUUCUUAGCCAGGUGAAGGCGAGUGUUGGAAGUCCAGACUGUGGCGAGCCGAUCACCACAGCUGCUACAGGAACGGUGCGGAAACGCGACUCGGUUGUGCUUUCCAAAUCCCUCGACGAGCCGCUCGGUCUCUACCGCGAGCUAUGGCAGUCCCUCGCGACGGGUGACACAUCCGACAUUAACAACAAGUACCCGCGCGACGGCAACAAUGUCCACUCCCGACUGCUUCACGAGUGCAUCUCCACCUUGCCCAAGGCGACGCUGCCCCACGCGAAGGCCAUGUCCAAGGGCCAGGCUUGGGAUCUGGACGUGUUGGACGUUUACGUGCUCUUCGAGGGCAACAUCUACCGGAGCAGCACCGGCAUGCACGCGUUUCGUACACUUGCGCAGCAUCAAACGGUGGACUUUGCCGCCGCCAUGACGGAAAUUCGGGCAUGGGCAGGGAAACGGCGGAGCGGCGUGGUCGGCCACAAUUCGCGGUUGGACAAGAAGGCUAGCUUUACACCUUGGGAUAUACAGCAGGCACUUCGCACUCUAUGUACGCAGCAAGGGUGUCUACUUUGCAAACGCGCUGUUGCUCACUGGGCACCUGGAGGGAGAAGGAAAAAGGACAAUGAUGGAAAAGCUCAAGGUGCGGGAGAUCAUGGGCAGGAUGAAGAUACAGGAGAUUGCGGACAGGAUGAAGAUACAGGAAAUUGCGGACAGGAUGAAGAUACAGGAGCUCAUGACGGACAAGAGAACGGACGGGAGGAGGACGGACAGGAUGAGGACGGACAGGAGCGCCCCACUGAACAAGGACGGUCACGUCCGACUUUUCCUCAAGACAACGACGUACCGACACCUUCGACUUCGCCUGCUCGGUCCAUCUGCUUGGAGGACGAUUUGGGAUGGCUUGGAUCCGGUCAAAUUUUUGCGCCCUGGGACCCCGCCUUCCCCACCAUGAGUCCCAAUCCGAGUCCGAGCCGUAGCCGUCUUUUGCGGCAAGCAUCAACUGCCUCCUUCCCUCCAUCGUCAUCACCCCAAUCUUCACUCUACGACCGUCAUCACCGUCCUCUUCGCCCCAUCCGCUCCGCAAUGACGCAUCGCGAAGAGCCCCAAGCUAAGCGUCAGCGCCUCGACGUCGAUCCCGCCAACACACCAUCCUUCGAUGCGACCGAAUUCCUUGCGGCCUUCCUCCCCGAUGCCACCUUCGUAACAUCAGGCGUUGCCGGCCGCAUUUCUGAUGAGGUCUUCAUCUACAUUGUGAACCUCGCGUUGCCAGCUUCCUCCAGCCCUACCGAUCCGACCGAUUCAUGGGCGACCGAUUCCUGGGCGGUAUUCGUCGGCCGGCCUAAGACCACCGAAGCGGUCGUCUACGCUGCCAAUUCUACAUCCGCGCAAGCAGCUUUCGACCGCGUGCAGAAAGAGUAUCCUACACCCGCAUACCCGAGCUUCACCUCAGCGCUCUUCAAAGCCGAAGUCCCCAUCAAACAUACGCAAUCGUCACAAGUCGUCGCAUACAUCCUGGGCGUUGUGACCGCCUUCGAUGACAAGAUCCCACCAUCUCUCUCACCAGACGUAUGGGCAACGCUCUUCUCGAUGUCCACCCUCAACACCACUUCCUUGGACCUUUUACUCCGACCCCCGGUCCACGCGCCAGAAUCAGACGUCGGCAUCCUUCCAACCAAAGCGGCUCUAGCACGCGCGUGUCGCAAUUGCGAAUUAUACAGUCAACAAUUGAAGACGCUCAACAUCGACAACGAGAACGCCAAAUUCCUCUAUCGAGUUGCGGACAAGUCGCUAGAGAUGGUGCAGAGCAACACCGAGACAGGCGCGACCGCUAUCUCCGCGUCGAAACGUGCGUUGCAGGACGCUAUCGCUUAUAACAAUGAGGUUGCAGCGCAAUUGGAGGCGAGACAGAGAACGGCGGACAUCCUGACCCGGUUCAAAGACUUGUUGAGCGGUAUUGCAUGGGGUGCGGCGGCAGACAGGAUGAGGACGAAGGUGCGGGAACAGCUGGACGAGUCGAAGAGCAUUGUGGACACGCUGUUAGGGAAGUUGUCGGAGGAGGUGAAGGAGCUUUGA